GGUCCAUGUUUUCCUUCCAGGCCCAAAAAAGAACCAUCGGCUUAGUCAUGUAGAGGGCGCUGAGGGCCUCGACAUAAACAAGGCGAGGAUGACGACAGCAGUGUCUGAGAGUUGGAGUCGGUGAAGUGUGUCCAGAAUGGGACCAGGAGGCGGGACACUGGGACACCACGUGUCUCAAGAUCCAAUCGCCCAGAUGAAUACCUUCCGCUCCUACGUGUCCAUGCUGGCGGACUCCGGCUCCAAGGAUGAAAACAAACUCAAGGCAGCGCAGGCCCUCAGCGAGGACCUGGAGGCAAUUGUUGCUUCCCCCCAGUAUCCAGCAUUUCUUGAACAUGCCAUGAAAAUAUUUAUCAAGAUCCUCAGUGAAGGGGAUCCACUCUUCAUAUCAGAGUACAACAUACAGCAACUCCGCAAGCUGAUCCUGGAGAUGAUCCACCGCCUCCCCAGCAAUGAGCAGCUCAAGGUGUACCUCCGGCAGAUCCUCUCCCUCAUGUUCCGCCUCCUGGAGACCGACAAUGAGGAGAAUGUGAUGGUGUGUCUCCGCAUCAUCAUCGAGCUGCACAAAACAUUCCGCCCGCAGUUCAGUCCAGAGAUCCAGCAGUUUCUCCAAUUUGUGAAGAACAUGUACCGGGACCUCCCAAACCACAUGAACAAGAUCUUUGAGCCACGGCCGGUCAUCAGGGUGACUGACCUGUCCGAGGUGAACGUGGACAACCUGCUCAAGGAGACAUUCAGCAUCACGCCCAUCCACACCGAGAAGAAGCUCCCUGACGGCACGCCCAUCACGUACAACCUGAUCCCCCGGGCGGUGCUGUCCCUGAAGGUGCUGACGGAGCUGCCCAUCAUUGUGGUGCUCAUGUUCCAGCUGUACAAGCAGCAAGUGUACCAGGAUGUGGCAGACUUCAUCCCACUCAUCAUGAACACCAUCAUCCUGCAGCCCUACCAGCAGCACCGGGACCACGAGUCCUUCAACAAGGAGGUGUUUGUUGACCUGAUCGCUGCCCAGAUCAAGACCCUCUCCUUCCUGGCCUACAUCCUCAAGAUCUACCAGGACGUGGUGGCCCAGCACUCAGCCAAGCUGGUGUCCGGGAUGCUCACUCUGCUGGCCCUGUGCCCCAAUGAGGUGGCACACUUGAGGAAGGAGCUGCUCAUUGCCACUAAGCAUAUUUUGGCCCUAGAACUUAGAAAUAGGUUUGUGCCUCACAUUGACAGGCUUUUUGAUGAAAGCCUUCUGUUUGGACGCGGCUGGACCGCCCACGAGACUCUCCGGCCCCUGGCUUACUCCACACUUGCUGACCUGGUCCAUCAUGUCCGCCAGCAAUUGGACAUGGGGGCUCUGACACGAGCCGUGCACCUGUUUUCAAAGAAUAUUCACGAUGAAACGCUUCCUACCAGCAUCCAGACCAUGUCCUGCAAGCUGCUGCUCAACCUGGUGGACUGCAUCCGUACCCGCAGCGACUCCAACCACGAGCCCGGUGCAGGUCGGGACCUGCUCAUCCGCAUGCUGCACGUCUUUGUCAACAAGUUCAAGACCAUUGCACAGCUGCAGCUUCCCUACCUGAAGAACAAGCAGCAGCAGCAGCUUACUGGCACCUCAAGCAGCACCUCAACUGCCCUGCAGGCUCACGGGUCCACGUCCACUGUCACUGUUGUCCAGGAAGACCGGAAAGAAGACGUCAAAAUGAGCAUCACUGAGACUGAAAAUAAAGACAAGGAAACCCAGAGGAUUGGCUUUCCCCCCAAUGUGACGGUGAACUACAGUGUUUCUGACUGUCGAGCCUUGGUGAAGACACUGGUGUGUGGGGUGAAGACCAUCACCUGGGGCUGUGCCUCCUGCAAGUCAUCAUCUGACUCUGCUCUCACACUCAGCAAAUCCUUCCACCCCAAAGAAACUCUUGUGUUCAUCAGACUCGUCAAGUGGGCCAUGCAGGCCCUGGACAUCUACACACUCAAUGCUCCGGGCAACCAGCAGCAGGCGACACAGAAGGGACAGGUUCCUCAGACAGUCCGUUCCAAGGAAGAGAAGGAAGUCCUGGAGCAUUUUGCUGGUGUGUUCAUCAUGAUGAAUCCCUCCACCUUCAGGGAGAUAUUCUCCACCACCAUUGACUAUGUUGUGGAGCGGAUCUACCACAACACAGCCUUGCAGAUUGUUGCUAAUUCAUUCUUGGCAAACUCCACCACAUCCCCAAUAUUUGCAACAAUACUGGUGGAGUAUUUGCUGGGCCACAUGGAGGAGAUGGGGACGUCGAUGGACAGAUCAAACUUGUACCUGAAGUUAUUUAAGUUGGUGUUUGGUUCAGUCUCCCUCUUUGCAGCAGAGAAUGAACAGAUGCUGAAGCCACACCUGCACCAGAUUGUAAACAGAUCCAUGGAGCUGGCGAUGAGUGCAAAGGACCCGUACAACUACUUCCUCUUGCUGCGUGCUCUCUUCCGCUCCAUUGGAGGAGGGAGCCACGACCUGCUGUACCAAGAGUUCCUGCCGCUGCUGCCAACACUCCUGCAGGGCCUCAACAGCCUGCAGAGUGGCCUUCACAAACAGCACAUGAAGGACCUCUUUGUGGAGUUGUGUCUGACGGUACCAGUGCGCCUCUCAUCCCUGCUGCCCUACCUCCCCAUGCUGAUGGACCCCCUAGUGUCUGCCUUGAAUGGUUCCCAGACUCUCAUCUCACAAGGCUUAAGAACACUUGAGCUCUGUGUGGACAACCUUCAGCCUGACUUCCUGUAUGAACACAUCCAACCCGUGAGAGCUGAGCUGAUGCAGGCUUUGUGGAAGACACUGAGGAACCCCAAUGACACCAUCGCUCAGGUUGCUUUCAGAGUGCUCGGGAAGUUUGGCGGCGGGAACAGGAAGAUGAUGAUCGAGCCCCAGAAGCUGGAGUACAAUGAGCAGGAGACCCCAAGCACCUGUGUCAGCAUCCAGUUCUCCGACCACAAGUCCCCCAUCACCUUACCUGUGGAGAAGAUCAUCGAGACAGCGUUCACAGCUCUCAAGACUUCCAACACCGAGCCUUGGUACCGACGGCAGUGCUGGGAGGUGAUCCGCUGCUUCCUCAUUGGCUCCAUGCAGUUUGACGAGGAGAAGCACUUGGUCAAUAAGCUCUUCACACAUCCAAGCUUCAGGGAGGGCGAGAUCUCCACCGUCCAUGGCCCUUACUACAAGUGCCAGGAUGAACAAGCCAGACAGGUGCACCAAAUGGCAGUGACGGCAAUGUUCGUGGCUGCGGCGAUCAAGGACCUUCGUCAGAGUGUGCUGCCGACCAUGGUGUCCUUGGUGAGGCACUACACCAUGGUGGCCAUCGCGCAGCAAGCCGGCCCCUUCAACAUGAUGGGCCGCUGGAGCAAGGUGCAGGGCAUGGAUCCUCUGGUGCUGAUCGAUGCCCUGGCUGUCAUUAUGGGCCACGAGGAGAAGGAGCUCUGCAAACCGGGCCAUCUUGCUCUUGUGCUCAUCAUGGAGGCUGCCACUAAUAUUCUGGGGACCAAGGAGAGGGCCUGCCAGCUCCCCCUUAUGGAGUACCUGGUGGAGAAGAUGUGUGGCCUGUGUUACGAGCGGGCGUGGUAUGCCAAGCUGGGAGGUUGCAUUGCUAUCAAGUUCCUGUUCGAGAGAAUGGCCUUGAAAUGGGUCUUGGAGCACCAGUUUCCUUUCCUUCGGGCUCUUCUCUUCGUCAUGAUGGACCUGACGGGGGAGGUGUCCAGCGGGGCCGUGGACAUGGCAAAGAACAACCUAGAGAGGAUGUUGCGGGUCUGUGCCUCGCCGCUUGAGGGUGAGAACAACACCGAGGAUAUGAAGCAGAUACAGAACAAGAGCCUGCAUGAUGUGACUCACGAGCUGGUGCGGCAGGUGACCUCCCCCAACACCACCGUGAGGGAGCAGGCCAUGCAGAGCCUCCAUGUCCUAGCCAAGCUGAGUGGAAAGGGUGUGACGGAGGUGAUGCAGCCACACAAGGACGUCCUGGCUGACAUGAUACCCCCCAAGAAGCAUCCCCUCCGCCAGCAGCCAGCAAAUGUGCAGAUUGGCCUGAUGGAUGGGAACACUUUUUGUACAACCUUGGAGCCGAGGCUGUUCACCCUGGAUCUAAACAUGAAUGAACACAAAUUCUUCUACACUGAAUUACUCAUGUUGGUUGAAACUGAGGAUUCAUAUUUGGCCAAGCUUUCAUGUUACAAGAAUAUAGCAAAUUUAGUUCCACUGAGAAAGUCCGCCCUGAAAGCCCUUGCAGCUUGCCAUUACAUUCCUCAGAUUCGGGAGAAGAUAUUCCCCACUUUGUACAAAGCCCUCAACAACUCCUCCCACCCUGAGCUACAAGAGACUGCCUUCGAGUGUCUCAAGAAGUUCCAGAGUGGGUGUCAGAUUGACAUGGAAAUGGUGCACGCUGCCAUGAGGCCGCUGCUGGGCCUGGUGUGUCACUACAGGAGCGUCACCCUCCCUGUGAUUCACCACCUCUCAUACCUGACCCAGCUGUUCCCGUAUACCUUCAAUGAGAAGCUGUGUGAACAACUGACCCAACACGUCAAGAAUCUGAUAGAGGUAGCAAGUCUAACGAGAAAGCAGAAUACAUCAGUGACCAAGCAAGAUAACAGUGAUCUGAAACUGUGUGCAAACAUCAUUGGCAUUUUCCACCAGAUCCCGGCCGCCUCCUCAAGGUUUGUGGAGGUGCUGUGCAAGCUUGUGCUGCAGACAGAGAGGGCACUCAUGAUAGAGGCCGGGAGCCCCUUCCGAGAGCCUCUGAUGAAGUUCCUGAUGAGGUACCCGGCAGAGACGGCCGACUUGUUCCUGUCCGAUCCCCACGCCCGUGACCAGCAGUGGGCCCGCUACCUGGAGUACCUGGUGCGCCACAAGGACAACACAGAGUUCCGGCAGCACCUGCAGGUAUGUAACGAGAAGCUGCUGACCGUGCUGCGGGCCGCCCCGACGCCUCCCACCCUUGUCACGGGCCAGGCGCAGCAGCCGGCCACAGCCUUCACGCCCGCUGACAAGGCCCAGCUCCAGUACCUGGCCAUACGCAUCACACUGCUGCUGGCCAGGAUGGAUGACCAGUGGAUUGCCUCGCGUUCCUCCCUGGUGGCAGCCAUCCGGAACAUCUGGGUGUCGGACGAGUUCCAGGAGCGCCAUCACUCUGCUGAGAACACAGACUUCAUCCACUGGAAGGAGCCAAGGAUGAUGGUGUCCAUCCUGCUGAUGUACUUCAAGCACCACACAGAUGACAUCCGGCUCCUCUUUGAGCUGCUCAGGGCAUUCAUUGGACGCUUCAUCCCAGACUUCCAGUUUCUGAGAGACUUCCUGGAGCAGGAGGUUGCUCAGACCUACUCUGUCAAGUGGAAGAGGUCCGCGUUCUUCCAGUUUGUUGAGGUCUUUGAGGAUAUUUCUGUCCAGCAGGAGUUGAAGGCUCGCAUCCUACAGUACAUCAUCAUCCCCUGCCUCACCGUGAGCAUGGAGUGCGGGGACGGGGAAAAGCUGAUUGGCUAUCCACCAGCCCCGGACCAAGACCACACAGACAACGUUGUGUCCGUCUUCAUCACCAGAGUCAUCAACCCUGACGAGCCCUUCGUGUACAGUGAUGCAGUGAGGAUCCUGCUGCUGCAGCUGUCCUGCCUCCUGGUGGAGCAGGCCUCGGCACACAUCCACGAUGCAGGCAACAAGAGGCAAGGGCAGAAGCUCCGCAGACUCAUGACCUUCGCCUGGCCGUGCCUCCUGUCCAAGAACUGUGUGGACCCGGCAACCAAGUACCACGGCCACUUGCUGCUCUCACACAUCAUCGCCAAGUUUGCCAUACACAAGCGCAUUGUCCUCCAGGUGUUCCACAGCCUCUUGAAGGCACAUGCCAUGGAGGCAAGAUCUGUGGUGCGCCAAGCCCUGGAGAUACUCACACCAGCAAUGCCAGUUCGUAUGGAAGAUGGAAACACGAUGCUCACACACUGGACCCGCAAGAUCCUGGUGGAGGAGGGCCACUCAGUAGGCCAGCUGGUCCACAUCCUGCAGCUGGUGGUGCGUCACGCCAACGUGUACUACCCCGUGCGCCACCACCUCACCCACCACAUCACCCAGGCCAUGCACCGCCUCGGCUUCACCCCCACGGCCAACCUGGACCAGAGGAGGCUGGCCGUGGACCUGGCCGAGGUGUGCAUCAAGUGGGAGGAGCAGCGUGUCAGGGAGGAGGCGGAGAGUGAUGGCAGCUGUGACACUCUCAUCCAGCAGCUACAGCAGCAGCCGGGCGGGAUCAAGCGCUCCUCCUCCACUGAUGGACCUGAGGCCAAGCGUGCCCGGGUGUCCAUUGGCAGCUCUCGGGGCAGCAUUGACGUCAGCAAGCCCAUGGAGAAGACUCACGCUGAUGCUGUGGUGUACUUCCUGCUGCGCUUGGCCUGCCAGGUCAACGAAAGCACAGCCACUCCAGGCACGGUGGCCCCAGGAGAAGCUCUCUCCCGACGCUGUGUCUCACUGCUCAAGAGGGCCCUCAAGCCAGACAUGUGGCCUCAUGCAGACCCCAAACUGGCUUGGCUGGACAAACUCUUCCUCAAUUUGGAGUCUUCCCAGCCAAACUUGGCUAACGUGUGUGUGGGCCUGGAGGUGCUAACCUACCUCAUUGGAACGCUGCGACGGGAGCAAAUCCUGAGUGCCAUGCGCAACCUGACCCGAGGGCUGGUGGCCUGCAUGACCUGCAGCAACUCCAGGGUGGUGCGCCUCACCCACUCCCUGCUGGCACGGCUCAUGUCCACCUUCCCCACGGAGCCCACCAGCGCCAACGUUGCCUCUCGCUUUGAGGAGCUGGAAGAUCUUUACUCUAAGAUUGGCAAGAUUGUCCUGGAUGGUCUGACGUCUUACGAGAAGAAUGCCAGUGCCUCCCCGACCUCUCUCUUUGGCACCCUCAUGAUACUGAAGGCAGCGUGCCAGAACAAUACCUGCUACAUCGACAGACUCAUCAUGCCCUUCAUGAAGGUCCUGCAACGCAUGGCCCGGGACCACCUCGGCCACACGGCCACAGAAAACUGCUCCGUGGGAAGUGAACUCUUGAUUCUGUCUCUGGAUCUAGUCAAGAAUCGUGUAGGAGUCAUGGGGGUGGAGAUGAGGAAGGCCUUUAUUGGUACCAUCUUGGUUGGUUUGAUUGAGAAAACUCCUGAUGUGAAGGUUAUGAAGGCCAUAACCAAGAUGGUGGAGGAGUGGGUCAAGAACAAGACUCCGAUAGCCAUCAACCAGGGCCCCAGCCUGAGGGAGAAGUCCAUCCUCCUGGUGAAGCUGAUGCAGUACGUGGAGAAGCGCUUCUCUGAUGACAUAGAGCUCAUGGCACAGUUCCUGGAGCUGGUGAACCACGUGUACCGAGACGACACCCUCAGGAACACGGAGCUAACGGCCAAGCUGGAGCCCGCCUUCCUGGCCGGCCUGCGGUGCACCCAGCCGCCCAUCAGGGCCAGGUUCUUCCAGGUGUUCCACGAGAGCAUGAGGCCCAGGCUGCACGAUCGCCUCCUCUACACCAUCUGCUCCCAGAACUGGGACCACAUGGGCCCCCACUACUGGAUCAAGCAAUGCAUCCAGCUGCUGCUUGUCACAUCACAGCCAGGCACGCCAGUCCAAAACAGCUCACAACAAGUCCUGCUGCCUGGCGUGACCUCAGUCAUCAGCUGGGCCGACGCCGCAGACCGCGCCAACUUCAACGUUUUUGCCAGCAUCAAGGAGGAAGCGAGUGACCUUGACUCAGCGUUUGAAUCUACAGUUGAGAAGGAGGUAAAAGUGCAGGCAGUCACCCUCCCCUUUGAGGAUGAAAUUGACAUUGAACUAUCAUCUGUCCCGGCCGAUGGCUCUCAGUCCAUUGAUGGAACAGUGAAGAUACAAGCAAACCCUAAAGCUAAUUUGCAUCAGCUCCUGUCCAGACAGGCCAAGUUCAUGGAGGGUGUGAAGGAAGUGUGCACAACCCAGUUCCUGUCGGCUGUAGCAGAGCUGUGCCACAUGGACACCAGCCUUGCAGAGUGGGUCUGGCUGCAGCUGUUCCCUCGGAUAUGGAAAGUCCUUAGUGAGAAACAGCAGCAGGGUAUAGCCAGUGAGGUCAUCCCCUUCCUGUGCUCCGGGUCACAUGUCAUACAAAAGGACUGCCACCCGUCUGCCCUCCACACCUUCACGGAGGCCCUCGCCCAGUGCCAGCCUCCAGUCACCAUCCGGCCGGCCAUCAUGAAGUACCUGGGCAAGAGUCACAACCUGUGGCACCGCAUGACACUCCUCCUUGAGCAGCUGGCUCUAGAGCAGGGCGCCACCACCACACCACGCUCCCUCAAGAAAGACUACCAUGACUCCUUUGAUAUGGAGCCAGUCACCAGUCCUCAGCAGGAGGUCCUUGAUUCCCUGUCUGAGAUGUACUCGCUUCUCAAAGAGGAAGAUUUGUGGGCUGGACUCUGGCAGACCAUCGCACACUACCCAGAGACGAGACUGGCUGUUACCUAUGAGCAGCACGGCUUCUUGGAGCAGGCACAGGCCACGUAUGAGCUUUCCAUGUUCAAGGCCAGGGAGGACAUGGCAGUCGUUCCGUCCCCGGGGAAGCUACAGUCAGAAAUGAAACUCUGGGAGGAGCGCUGGAUCAGGUGUGCCAAGGAGCUGAACCAGUGGGACCUCGUGCAGGACUAUGGCAGCAGCGAGGCCUCCGGGAACCCUCUGCUGGUGCUGGAGAGUGCCUGGAGGGUUCCCAACUGGGCCCGCAUGAAGGAGGCGCUGGCACAUGUGGAGCAGUCAUACCCCAAGGAGCUGGCCUGGAAGAUCAACUUGUACCGAGGAUAUUUGGCCAUUUGUCACCCCGAGGAGGAGCACCUGAAGCUCGUGGAGAAGCUCGUGGAGGCGGCAACUGUGCUCUGCAUCAGGGAGUGGAAGAGGCUGCCACACAUUGUCUCCCACAUUCAUCUGCCUUACCUGCAAGCUGCUCAACAGGUUAUGGAGUUACAAGAAGCAUGCCAGAUUCACCAAGGCCUGGUGCACGGGCGGACCAACUCACUACACGACAUGAAAGCCAUUGUGAAGACGUGGCGCAACCGCCUCCCAGUCAUUGCCGACGACCUGUCUCACUGGUCAGACAUCUUCACCUGGCGCCAGCACCACUACCAGUUCAUCGUGGACCACUACACGGACUCAGGGGAACACCAGAGUAUGCUUGGAGUCCAUGCCUCAGCCCAAGCAAUCAUUCACUUUGGAAAAAUUGCCCGCAAGCACAACCUGAGUAACGUGUGCCUGGAGUCCCUCUCCCGGAUACACACCAUUCCUUCAGUCCCGGUGGUUGACUGCUUCCAAAAGAUUCGGCAGCAGGUCAAGUGUUACCAUCAGAUGGCCAUGGCCACGGGCAUGGGCAAGAAUGAACUGCAGGGGGGCCUGGAGGUGAUUGAGUCCACCAACCUCAAGUUCUUCAACAAGGACAUGACUGCAGAGUUUUAUGCUCUCAAAGGAAUGUUCUUAUCCCAGCUGAAUCGAAGUGAUGAGGCCAACAAAGCUUUGAGUGCAGCAGUGCAGCUCCACGAUACCCUAGUGAAGGCGUGGGCUCUAUGGGGUGACUACCUGGAGGCCCUGUUCACCCGGGACCCAUCCCACGUGGAGUACGGUGUGUACGCCAUCACCUGCUACCUCCAUGCCUCACGCCACCAGAACGAGUCCAAGUCAAGGAAGUAUCUUGCUAAGGUUCUUUGGCUGCUAAGCUAUGACGAUGAAGCAGGCAGCCUGAGUGAGGCUGUGGACCGCUACUGUGUGGGUGUGCCGGCAAUACAGUGGCUGCCCUGGAUUCCUCAGCUGCUGACCUGCCUUGUGCGGCCUGAGGGAAAGGUUAUCAUUAAUUUAUUGAACCAAGUUGGACGGAUGUUCCCUCAAGCUGUGUACUUCCCAAUCAGGACCUUGUACCUCACACUCAAGAUAGAGCAGCGAGGGAGGAUCAAAAGUGGUCUCUCCCCUUAUGUAGAUCCAGCAGCAGUUGCUUCCCAAAAGGCUCAACAGCAGAGUCAACAGCAACAACAACAGCAGCAACAACAGCCACAGCAACAGCAGCAGCAGCAACAACAGUCUCAGACCCAGACAGGGCAGGCACAGCAGACCCCACAGAUGACUGGCCAGCAGCAGGGCUCAGAAACAGCAGGCUCCAUCAAGGCCACGGAGCCCAUGUGGCGGUGUUCACGCAUCAUGCACAUGCAGAAAGAGCUCCAUCCCACCGUCCUGGCGUCCUUGGAGGGGAUUGUGGACCAGAUGGUGUGCUUCCGUGAGUACUGGGACGAGGUCGUGUUGCGGCAGCUGCGACAAGCACUUGCAAAAUGUUAUGCUGUGGCCUUUGAGAACUCAGGAGCUGUCUCUGAGGCCAACAUAACCCCACAUACAUUGUCAUUUGUGAAGAAGCUUGUCUCAACAUUUGGAAUUGGUAUUGAGAACAUCAGUAGCUCAGUGAGUGGUGGCGGGCAGUACGCAAGUGCAGCUUCGGAGUCCCUGGCCAGGCGUGCUCAAGCCACUGUUCAGGACCCGGUGUUCCAUAAGAUGAAGGGACAAUUCACCUCAGACUUUGACUUCAUACAGCUGGGAGCCAUGAAGCUGCACAACUUGAUUCACAAAUUGAAGAAGUGGAUCAAGAUCUUGGAGGCAAGAGUUAAGCUUCUGCCAAAGUGGUUCCUGAUUGAAGAGAAGUGCCGAUACUUAAGUAACUUCAGCCUUCAGACAGCAGAAGUGGAGUUGCCUGGGGAGUUCCUGUUGCCAAAGCAUUCUCACUACUACAUAAGAAUAGCCCGCUUCAUGCCGCGAGUUGACAUAGUCCAGAAGCACGGCACCGCUGCCCGGCGCCUGCACAUCCGAGGGCACAAUGGCCGGGUCUACCCCUACCUCGUCGUCAAUGACUACUCCUUGAGUGACGCUCGGCGAGAGGAACGGGUCCUUCAGCUGCUCAGGAUGCUGAAUCACUUCUUUGCCAAACAGAAGGAGACGAGUCGACGUUUGGUGAAUCUGAGUGUGAGUCGCGUUGUAGCAGUGUCCCCACAGAUGAGGCUGGUGGAGGACAAUGUGUCCUCUCUCUCCCUGCUGGACAUAUACAAACUGAGGUGUGCCAAGAGACAACUGGAGCCUGACACACCUGUCACAAGAUACUAUGAAAGACUAGCAGCUGUACAGGCCCGAGGUUCACAAGCAUCCCAUCAGGUGUUGCGGGACAUUGUGAAGGAGGUGCAGAAUGCCAUGGUGCCCAGAACAAUGCUGCGGGACUGGGCGCUCACCACCUAUCCCAACCCCACACACUACUGGACCUUCAGGAAGAUACUCACAGUGCAGCUGGCCCUGAUCGGCCUCAUGGAGUACCUGCUGCACCUGACCAAGCUGUACCCGGACAUGAUGUAUGUCCACCAGGACUCGGGGCUCAUCAACGUAGCUUACUUCAAGUUCAACAUUGAUGAUGCCAAAGGUGAACUGGAUGGAAACCGACCCGUUCCAUUCCGGCUGACCCCCAACCUGGCGGAGCUGGUGACGAGCAUCGGGGUGUCAGGUCCUUUCACAGCCUCCAUGGUGGCCACUGCACGCUGCCUGGCCACUCCGUCCUUCAAAGUCAGCGCCCUUCUCAGAGCAAUCAUGAGGGACGAGAUCAUUUCCUGGCACAAAUUCUCCUCCAUAUUCCGGCAGCAGCGGCACGAGGGAGCAGCCGUGGAGGGGGCGCAGGGGUCAGGCUCCAUGGAGGGUGAGGCGCUCAUUACACGGGUCAACAAGGCAGUGACGGCCAUCACCACACGCAUCCAAUCCCUGGCAUCCAGCGAUGGGGCAGACAACAAGGUGACCCAGUUGGUGCGCGCUGUGAACUGUGUGGACAACCUGUGCCGCAUGGACCCAGCGUGGCACCCCUGGCUCUAGAGGCCCGGUGCUGACGGCAGUAUUUUGUCCGGAACAUUUUCAUACAAAUUUUUUUUUUACUUAUUUAAUGCAAUUAAAUAAAUGUCUCAGCUAGCUGCUAGUUGAUGUACAAGUGACAUGAUUUGUAAAAAGACAAAUAGACUUACAAAACAAGAAUAUUUUCUUGAAUUUUCUCUUCAUUCCAUUCAUUUCUUUUUCACCAAAUUCAUAUGUUCUGUUUGUUUAGUACAUCUCAGUGAGGUAGACAUCCCAUGGUAGCAGGUGUGUUCCAAAAAGGAAUGCAGAACAAGUAACUUGUGCUGUACUAGAAGGAAAGAAUCAAGAGCUGCUUGAUUGAACUGUUAAAUCAGAAUAUAAUUUGUAUUCUUUCAUCUAACUAGAUUUUAUAUUUAUGUUUUGUAAAUGAAGUUUUAUAUAUAACUGCA